AUGGCCACUCGAUUAGAGGAUGGAGACCCUCCACUCACUCCUACGGCAGAUCAUGAAGAUGCAGGGCACGAUGGGAAAGGGGCUAUGAGAGACCCAGAAGGUACUGGGACAGGAGAGGAAGACUUCCACAUUUCAGACUGUGACUUUAAACGCCUCACGGAGACCCUCUCUCACACCACUCUCAGGUCAACUCAAAUACCCCCAGCUCUUCUCUGUCGUGGCACUCAACCUGCCCUGGACAUCCACUAUCUGGAUGGAGCUCUUCAGGGCUUCUUAGCGGCUGGUAUAGCAAAGUCAUCACACAAGACAUAUGAAACUGCUCACAAGAGAGGACUUCCAUCCUUGAUUGUAUCUGAUAACAGUAAAACCUUUAAGUCCUCAGCUAAGACUCUUAUUGCCAUCUUUAAACACCCUGCUACUCAACAUUACCUCUCAGGAGUCAGGAUAGAAUGGCAAUUCAAUUUAGAGAAGGCCCCUUGGUGGGGAGGCAUGUUUGAAAGGUUGGUGGGCUCAAUGAAACGUUGUUUAAGAAAGACAGUUGGGAAAUCUAAACUGACCUUUGAUGAAUUAUCUACUGUUAUCACGGAAGUUGAGGGAGUAUUAAACUCCAGACCACUGUCAUUCGUAUCAACAGAAGAUCUAGAAGAGCCUCUCACCCCAGCUCAUUUUCUACUUGGUCGUAGAUCACUCAGUCUUCCAGACUCAUUCUGCUAUGGUGAAGAGUCAGAAGACAUCGAUAUUACCUCCUCAGCUCUUACUAAGCGAAUGAAACAUCUCAAUUCAACCCUCGAGCAAUUUUGGAGAAGAUGGACAAAUGAAUACUUGCUUGAGCUGAGGGAAGCACACAGAUAUAGUAAGGGAAGUAGAAACAGUAGUAUUCCUACUGUUGGAGACAUUGUACUAGUGCAUGAUGAGGACAAGCCACGGGGAUUUUGGAAACUCUCUAGAAUAAUGGAAUUGAUUGUUGGCAGUGAUGGAAAAAUAAGAGGAGCUAUUGUAAGGAUUGGAAAUAAAAGGCUCAGGAGACCACUGCAGAAACUAUACCCUCUUGAGGUAUCACAACAAGAUCCCCCUGAUAGCUUGUCUGACUCGUCCAAUGUUACAUCUGACGUACUUACCGAUAUUACACCCCGUCGAUCGACUCGCUCUACUAACCAAAUGACCCUCGAUCGAAUGCAGGCUUGUUGA